AUGUGUCACCACGGACACCGCAUGCUACUUCACGGACACCAACUGCGGACUCUCCUACCAGUUCACGGUCUACGCCCCCCUUGUUUGCCCCAGAACAUAAAGACAUCAGUGGACUGUGUUUCUGACUCCUUGAUCACCUCCUGGGACCUGGCGGCUGGGGCUCUGUCCUACACUGUGGAGGCUAGUGGCACCAAAGGGGGCAGCUACAACUGUAGCUCCUACAGCAACAGCUGUGCCAUUCCUGGUGUUGCCUGUGGGGACAGUCUGAGCAUCUGGGUCACUGCCUCAGACCAUGAAUGCACCACAGAGAAGACCUUGGGACAGGCGGCUGAGACCGCUCCCUGUCCUCCAGAACAGAUCAUGGCCUACAGAGACUGUGCAGCCAGUCAUGCCCUGAUAGUGUGGCAGAACUACCAGGGCACUGGCUCCUACAUAGCCACUAUCCAGGACCAGGAUGGAGGUCAGCUCAGCUGCAACACCACCAGCUCCAGCAGCUGUAUCAUCAGCCAGCUACGCUGUGGACAGACAUACACCGUCACCGUCACCUAUAGUGAUAGAGGGUGUCCUAGCACCUCGGCUCCUAUCACCAUGGACGCAGUACCGUGUGUCCCCACUAACGUCACAGCCGUACAUACCUGUGGACAGACUUCCAUUGAUGUCACCUGGGCAACCAGCCUGGGGGCUUCGCAAUACACAGCGGUCGCUAUGGAUAACAGGGGUCAUCAGUCCCAGUGCUCCUCCAAUCAGACGAGCUGUAGCAUCGCCAACCUCCAAUGUGGGCAGGUGUACACUGUGGGCGUCAUGGUGACGGAUGACAACAACUGUACCAGCCUUCUGAGCCAGACUAUCUCACUGCCCUCUGACCCCUGCCCUCCUACCAACCUCUCCAGUCUAAUGGACUGUUCCAGUGGUUCUACCUUUCUGUCCUGGUCUCCAAGCCCCAACGCAGUUUCCUACUCUGGGAAGGCUGUGGGGCCGAAUGGGGAAGCAUUGUCCUGUAACACCUCCACCACCGGCUGUGUGCUGGGCAGGAUGGCCUGUGCCCAGGUGUACACACUCACUGUGUCUGCCUCAGACGGCACCUGUGUCACUCCCUACAGCGCCCCCUUACUGCAAGAGUCAGCUCCCUGUACUCUUGUAAAUGUGGUCAAUCACCUCGACUGUGAAAACAACACUCUGGUGGUCAGCUGGGAUGCUGGACACAAGCCCCUUAACUACAGUGCCACCGCUAGUGCUGGGGAUGGAACUGCAAUCUCCUGUAAUGUACAGGACACAACCUGCAGCCUGACUGGUCUUCAAUGUGGCCAGCAGUAUAAUGUCACUGUCAUGGCAUCCUAUGGCAGCUGUAAUGGACCAAACAGCACCCCACAGCAUAUUAAAACAGCGGCGUGUGUUCCUCAGAAUGUCAAAGGGAAUAUGACCUGCGGAACACACAGUCUGAUGGCUUCUUGGAGCUCCGCCCCCGGCGCCAACUCCUACGUAGCCAUGGUGAUGGGUCCUAACGGGUACUCAGGGUCCUGUAACACAACCAGCCUGUCCUGUCCCUUCUCCAAACUGCAGUGUGCCAGCCAGUAUGACAUCAGCGUGACAUCACAAGGCAGCAGCUGUAACAGCUCGGCUAGCCAGACCUCCAUGAUAACAGCCCCCUGUGAUCCUGUCAAUGUGGCCUACUCUCUGAAAUGUGGUACAGACUUAGUGACCAUGUCUUGGGAUGCAAGCUCUGGAGCAGUGGCUUACAGCGUGUUCGCUCAGGUGGACGGGUCACUGGAUGUCACUUCCUGUACAAGCAGCAUUACUUCCUGUCAGCUAAACACAUUGGGUUGUGGACAAGUGUACAAUGUGACAGUUCUGGCUGACAAUGGGAUAUGCAAUAGCACAGGAGAGAACAGCUCCAUUCUGAUUACAGCUCCUUGCCCACCCACAAUCCUGUACAGCUCUGUACACUGUGGCACAGACUCUGCCUCUCUCUCCUGGACACCAGUGCCAAAUGCUAUAGGCUACGUAGCUAACGCUUCAUCCACUAACGGCCGGCUAGCUUGGUGCAGCUCAGUUAACGACACUAGCUGUGAGCUAACAGGGCUAGACUGCGGUGAGGUUUACUCUGUCAAUGUCAUCGCCAUGGGAAACCAAUGUGCCAGUGCACCUAGCUCCUCCGUCAACAUUAAUACAGCUCCCUGCGCCCCCACCAUGGUUACCUCCCAGUACAACUGCAGCUCCAACGUAGCCGUGUUGAACUGGGCCGACUCAGUGGGACGCGUCUCCUUCAUGGCUCGGCUGGAUGGAACGGACCACCAGGACAACUGCACUUCAACAGGCACCAGCUGCUCCUUCACAGACCUGUACUGUGGUCACUCAUACAAGGUUACGGUCCAGGCCCUGGGAACAGAUUGUAACAGCAGCCUCAGCACACCUGCAGAGAUCGACACAGUCCCUUGUGCCCCUCAGAAUGUGAGUGCCGGUCUGCUGUGUGCCAACCACUCAGCCCUGAUUACAUGGGUAAGAAACCCCAGGUCUGUGUCGUACAACGUCAUUGUCCUGGGUGAAGACGGGGACUCUAAAAACUGUCACACCAACGACACUAGUUGCCAGGUUCCAGACCUGCACUGUGGCACUAUCUACAACAUCACAGUCACACCCUUCUCCAGGACGUGCUCUGGAGUCGCUAGUACAGCCUACACCUUCAAUGCUGGUUCUUGUGCCCCCACUGAUGUCAUAGUGUCUCCACAGUGUAAUAGCAAUAUGAGCACUGUGUCCUGGACAGCGGUUGCCGGGGCAGAUAUGUAUGUAGCGACCGCCACAGACAAUAAUGGACACAGUGACACCUGCAGCUCUAACUCUACAGGAUGCUCCUUCACCGCCCUGCGCUGUGCCCAGACCUACAAUGUCACCGUAGUUACCAUCUACAGGGGUUGUGCUAGUGACCCCAGCCCUAACAUUGAACUCAGAACAGCCCUGUGUCCACCCAGCAAUCUGAAGGGCUCAGUGUCCUGUCAGACCAACAUCCUGUCCCUGAUUUGGGACGCCAGCCCAGUGUAUAGCGCUAACUACACAUUACACUCCCAGAAGAUAGGGGCCACUAACACCACCAUCUCCUACCCCACGUCUGAUACCUUCCUUUCCAUCUCAGGCCUGCAGUGCGGGGAACUCUAUGCAUUCCAAGUGGUUGCUAGUGACAACACCUGUAACAGCAGCCUUAGCCUGCCGCUGUUGAUACAUACAGUUCCAUGCCAGCCAACAAACCUGGUGGUGAAUGUGGAAUGUGGAACCAACCAUGGCAUUAUGUCCUGGGACAAGAGCAUCGGUGCCAGCUACUACAUCGCAGCGGUGAUGGGUGACGAUGGGCAUGAGGCUUCCUGUACUUCCAACGAUACUUCCUGUGUGGUGACAUUGCACUGCGGACAGAUGUACUCGUCAACACUGGUGGCCUCCACAGACUUCUGUAAUAGCACUCUGCACACUGACAUUAAAUUUUUCUCUGCCCCCUGCCUGCCUGAUAAUGUGGUGGCAGAGCUGGACUGUCAGUCCAACGUGUUAACUGUCCAGUGGCAGGAUAGCCCUGGAGAGGACAUCUACACAGCCUUGGCCAUCAGGAGUGAUGGCUACCAAGCCUCCUGUAACUCCUCCUUUAACUCCUGUAGUAUUACCAACCUGCCGUGUGGUCAGACCUAUGAUGUUGCCGUCACUUCCUCCACCAUCAACUGUUCCAUCAUAGCUGGAUCAGACUACAAGGUCCAGUCUGCCCCCUGUGACCCCCAAAACUCCACAGUGGAACUGGAGUGCAGCACCAACGUUGCCACGGUGACCUGGGACCUGACCAGCACAGCCCAGAACUACACGGUUACAGCCACAGAUGCGUUUGGCAACAACUCCAGCUGCAGCACCAGCAAAACAAGCUGUUCCUUCUCAGAUCUGAACUGUGGACAGACCUACACCUUCAGUGUCAUGGGACACACCAAUGUGUGUAUGAGUGAAGUCAGCUCUCCCAUGCAGAUGCUAACAGCUCCUUGCAUGCCCACUAAUGUUUCUUCCAGUCUGGACUGUGGUACAGGCAUGGCCCUCAUCACUUGGAACAGUGCAGUGGGAGCUACAGCCUACACUGUACAGGCAAAGGCUCCCUGUUCCCCUCAACCUGUGGAAACCCAACUGAACUGCUUGUCUGGAAUGUUGAACAUUGCCUGGCAACCGAGAGCAGGGGCAACCAGUUACCAUGCAACUGUACAGGAAGGAAGUAAUAUAAUGAUGUGCGACACCAAUACAUCUUCCUGUGUCGUCCCCAACCUGAGCUGUGGCAACACCUACAAUGUUACGGUGGUAGCACAGGGCCAAUCCUGCAACAGCUCUCACUCUGAAGCCAAGGAGAUUUCAACAGCCCCCUGCCCACCCACCGCAGUCUCGGCCACCGUGAACUGCUCAACCAACAUUGCUGAGGUCACCUGGCAAUCCCAGAAUGUACUGGGGGUGGCAUACAGUGCCCAGGCUGUGGCAGCCCAGGAGAGUGCAGUGUACUUUCCCUGUGUGCCCCUCAUCUCUGAGGUUCAGCUGCUCUGCUCCUCUGACUCGGCCUAUGUCACCUGGGCAACGGCUGCAGGGGCAGAACGUUAUGAGGUCACAGCAGAAGACAACCAUGGGGGGACCCUACAGUGUAAUGCCACUGAUGUCACUUCCUGCCUGGUGUCUGGCCUGCAGUGUGGGCAGCAGUAUGGUUUCAGUUUGACUGCCUCAAACCGGCUGUGUACCAGUGCUCCAAGUGCUCUGAUACAGUCUAUAGCAGCCCCAUGUCCUCCCCAGAAUGUCAUCACCUCAGUGGGCUGUGAGAACAACACCGCCUCCAUCAACUGGAGCAACAGCCAAGGGGCGCUGUCCUAUACAGCUAGACUACAUGGGGCUGAUGGAGAGGCAGCUUGCUGUUCCUCCAACACCUCCAGUUGUGACAUCCCUCUGCUUCCAUGUGGAGAGAUCUACAACGUGACAGUGAUUGCCAAGGGACACACCUGCAACAGCUCCCAAAGCUCAGGAUCCCCCAUUAAGACAGCCCCUUGUUUGCCCCGGAACAUAAAGACAUCAGUGGACUGUGUUUCUGACUCCUUGAUCACCUCCUGGGACCUGGCGGCUGGGGCUCUGUCCUACACUGUGGAGGCUAGUGGCACCAAAGGGGGCAGCUACAACUGUAGCUCCUACAGCAACAGCUGUGCCAUUCCUGGUGUUGCCUGUGGGGACAGUCUGAGCAUCUGGGUCACUGCCUCAGACCAUGAAUGCACCACAGAGAAGACCUUGGGACAGGCGGCUGAGACCGGUGAGUAG